CCCAUGACUGUUAAGCCUGCUAGCCAUUAAACUGGAUGUUAUCAGUACAGACAAACUUUAAAAAAAAAAAAGUAAAGGAUUAUAAUAAUUCAAUCACAGUCCAGGUUCACUGGGCACAGACUGCAGCCUUCAUAUAAAGACACCUUUCUUGUUGGUUUCACUCACAUGAAAGGAAAUCACAGUCCGUAGAUCAGCUGCACAUCAAAGAAGAGGACUACAACAUGUCUAAAAAGGAAGAUAUAGAGCUAAGAAAUCAAGAAGAUACCCACACGUAUAACUCUAUUCCGGAAGGCAAAGAAGAGAAGAAUGUGAAAAAUGGCAUAGACAACUGCAGCUUUAUUGCAGAAAAAGAUGUUAAACAAAAGGAUGGCAUAGACAACAAUGCCUUUAUUCAGAAAGAUGAACUGACUACACCACAUGAAAAUGACCGCACAGCUGUAUCUGUUGCUGUCCCCCUGGAUUCUCCAGAUGUGCAGCUAACGCAGGAUGGUAAAAUCAAGCCUUAUGCCGGAAUGCCCAAAGAAGUGUUGCUACAGUAUUCAGGACAGGCUUGCUACCGAUUGCCUCGAGAGAUUUUGUUCUGGCUGUCGAUUCUGAUGACACUUUUACUUAUCGCAUCAACGAUUACCAUCAUUGCCCUGUCACCCAAGUGUCUUGACUGGUGGCAGAUCAGUCCAGUGUACCAGGUAUAUCCCAGGUCAUUCAAGGACUCCAAUGAUGACGGCGUCGGGGAUCUUAAAGGUAUUCAAGAAAAACUGGAUCACUUUCAAUAUUUAAACAUAAAAACUAUCUGGAUUAGUCCCUUUUACAAGUCGCCUAUGAAGGACUUUGGCUAUGAUGUUGAAGACUUCAGAGAAAUUGAUCCUUUGUUUGGAACAAUGGCUGAUUUGGAAAGUUUAAUUGUGAGCCUCCAUGACAAAGGAAUGAAGCUAAUCAUGGAAUGCAUUCCUAACCAUACAAGUGACAAACAUAAGUGGUUUCAACUAAGUCGUAAUCGGACUGGAAAAUACACUGAUUAUUAUAUAUGGAAGGACUGCAAACAAGAUGGAAUAGUCAAACCUGUAAACAACUGGGUGAGUGUUUUUGGAAAUUCUUCAUGGGAGUAUGAUGAAGUGAGAGGCCAGUGUUACUUUCAUCAGUUUCUGAAAGAACAACCAGAUCUGAACUUCCGAAACCCAGAUAUAAUGAAAGAAAUGCAGGACAUUAUGGCCUUUUGGUUUGAAAAAGGAGUAGAUGGAUUUAGACUCGAUGCCAUCAAAUUCCUUCUAGAAGCAGAACAUCUACGAGAUGAACCACAAGUCAAUUCAUCUCAAAAGCCGGAAGAUAUUGUAAACCAUUCUGAGCUUCACCAUGACUAUACCACCACUCAGCUUGGCCUGCAUGACAUAGUUCAAAGCUGGCGUCAUUUUUUCGACCAGUACAGCCGAGAGCCUGGUAAAUACAGAUUUAUGGUUGCUGAGGCAUAUGACUAUGAAGAAAUUCAAAAGACAAUGAUGUACUAUGGAACAUCUUUAGUAAAAGAAGCAGAUUUCCCCUUCAAUUUUUACCUCAUCGAUCUUCCUGAUGACAUGUCUGGAAAUGGCGUCUUCAGACUUGUUGAUUUAUGGAUGAAGAAUAUGCCUGAAGGAAAAUGGCCAAACUGGGUGGUUGGAAACCAUGACAAUCCAAGAAUCAUAUCCAGAGUGGGGGAAGAAUACAACAAUGUCAUCAAUAUGCUACUUUUGACUCUUCCAGGAACUCCAACCACUUAUUAUGGUGAAGAGAUAGGAAUGAAAAAUAUUAAUGUAUCAGAUGAUGAAAUCCAAGAUCCCUUUGGAAGAUUCGAUCCUACCGAAAACAGAGACCCAGAGAGAUCGCCAAUGCAGUGGGAUUCCAGCCCUUAUGCUGGCUUCAGUAAAAAUAAAACAUGGUUGCCUGUUCAUCCAGAGUAUGAGACAAUAAAUGUUGACGUACAGAAGAAUCAGCCCAACUCUUCUCUGAAUCUUUAUCGAGAAUUAAAUAUUUUGCGUCAAAAAGAGCUUCCUUUUCAAAGAGGAUGGCUGUGCUAUAUAUGGAACAGUACUGAUCUGUUUGUGUACAUACGAGAGCUUGAUGGUUUGAACAAAGCAUUUAUGAUGGUACUCAAUUUUGGUAAUGCUGCUGAAUUAUCACUCUCAGAAAUUUAUGCUGACAUUCCAAGUGAAGUAAAAAUACGGGUGAGCACAAAGUUCACCAACAAUGGUCAAAAAAUCAGCACCAAGCUAAUCAAAACUGAAAAAGGUGAGGGCCUUGUUUUAGAAUACAAUACUAACAAAAGAGUCCAUAACAAUGAAAAGUUUAAAAAUAACUGCUAUGUCUCUGAAAAAGCUUGUUAUUUAAAUGUGCUAGAUAUACUGUACAAGAACUGUUAGUGCUAGCCAACGUGUUCUCAGCAUACAGGAAGUAAAAUUAGCUUUUCUGUUCAACUGUACUAGGUAAAAAAAAUAAGUUUUCACCAGUUUAUUAUUGAUAAAAGUAAAAGCAAAAAUUGUACACUGUGGUUUCUGCACAUUAAAUUUAAACAAUGCAUUUUUUCUGUUUUGUGUACCAUCUUUUAAACAGAAAACUUUUAUUGAUGUAAAUAAAGUAGAAUGAAAUGUUUAUGGCAUGCCAUUAUUUUCUUAUAAAAAACUUGACUCACUUCAAAUUUUGCUCAUACCGACAAGAAGAUUCAGGAUACAUAAUGAAAGAAAAUAAGCCAGCAAUAUUAUAGGUUCAUAGAUUUGUACUAGGCCAACUACGCUUGUGGGCCACUUUAAGUCUAGCCAAUUACCCCAUGUGAGAAUCAAACCCUGUACCUUCUGUCUGUAAAGUAAACAUCUUAAACAUUAUGCCAACAUCCCACUCUAAAAAACUCCUCUCUGGAUUUGAACCCUGGAUCACCUGUAUUCCGUCUUUAAAGUCAGUGUACUUACACCUUUUGCCACAGACAGUUUUAUGAUGUAUAUAUUCAAAUUAUACAAAGCUAAACUAAAGCCUCAGAUCAGUGCAAAAACUGAGUAUACAC